CAACAGAAACUUGGUGUGUGUCUUAUAUUUUUGCAUUCGAUAGCCUAGUUCUUGGAUAUAAGCGCGAAAAAUAGACACUGUAAGAACUGCUUUCGAAGAGAAUAAAAUUUAAAAAAAAAAAAAAAAAAUUGGGGAUCGUGUUGAAUUUUUGGGUUGUAUCUUGAUAACGACGAAGUGAAAUAUCAGGUGUAAAAGAAAUAUCAACAAUUAGAGCUGAUCGAGUGUUUUACCAUUGAUUGCGACAAAUUAACGUGUUUACAAUAAACCAAGAAGUACCACACACACUCAUUCAACAUGAAAUACGACUUAUCUGUUUUUCAAGAGCCGCGCGGGGUCAUGCGAAUAUUUCAAUUUAUAUUCGCGAUCUGUGCUUUGUAUACAACGUUAAAUUUUGAGGUGACCGUGACUGUAGUGGAAAAGGCUCACUCAAAUUCUUCCACUUUCGAUUAUCCAUUCCGAUUUGGGCAAGAAGUUUGCUUAAAGAGCGAUAAUACCACCAAAUUGGGUUUGUCAGCCGAUGUUUCUAGUGAUGCACGAUUUUUCGUUGCAACCAGUGUCUUAUCUGUUCUAUAUUGCAUAUUUAUUACGGCCGUGUAUACGUUCAUCGAUGAAAUUUAUACAUCGAAACCAGAAGUUCCACUGGCGGAUUUUAUGUUGACAACAAUUUUGGCAAUAUUUUGGUUGUCGGGGUCGGCUGCAUGGGCAAAUGGUGCUAGUGCAUUAAAACAAGUUACAAAUCCGACUCUAAUUAAAGCACAAUGUCCGAAUCUAAUUCAAGUAGUGACGUCUAGCUUUUCACGUCUGAAUAUAUCUCUGCUAUUUGGUUUCUUGAAUUUCUUCUUAUGGGCAUCGGACCUAUGGUUUUUGUACAAAGAAACCUAUUGGUUCAAGGAGCGUCAACCAAAUGUUGAUGGUGCUGGCGGUAGUAAUUUGAAUGCGCCUAAUAUUUAAACUGCCAUUUGGCUGAAAUUGGAAGAACGUACUAGAUAGACGUAAUUGACGUAAUUCAUCUCAGCAAACAACAAUCAUCAAACAAACUAAACAUAUAUUAUGCACACAAAAUGCCAUGUCAACGGCUCAACGAAUGACAGGAACAAACUGAUCCAUUGAUAAAAGAGCUCACCAUCACACAACUACACAAAAUCACCGACACACACACACACACACACUGAGAGAGAGGGAGAGAGAGGGAGAGAGAGUUAAAGGAAUUCAUAUCAAAAGAGAAGACAUUCCAGUGAGAUAACAAUCGCUCGGAACGCGUCAUUGUUAGCAAAAACGCAUCAUGGACAAAAAAAAAAUGUCUAUCUAAUGGAAUUACAAAGAAAAUAUAGGAUAAUAAUACGACGCAUGUACAAGUGCAUAUCACGAAGAACAAAAUUUAAACAACAUUUGAAACAAGAAUAAAAUAAUAAAAAUGUGGUGGACACAAUCAAAAUACUUACCAAUAUA